AUGGAAAUUGAGUUUUCAAAAACUUGGAAGUUCUAUACGCAUAUUGCAUAUAGAAGAUCUUAUAUAGAAGAAGAUCAUCCUACUCGGUUGCAUAUGCUCGAUUUUAGUAAGGAAAAAUUCAUGAAAACACAAAAUAAAACAAAGGAUGAAAAUGUGGGCGAAAAUGUUGAUGAAAAUGUGGAUGAAUUUUUCACCGACAUGGUAUUCAAUUUGCGCCAAUCUCUUAUUGAUUGGAUUCAAAAUACUGGAUGCAGUUUAGGAUAUGUCAUUGUCAUUAAAAGGUUAGGGACUAGUCUAAUCAGGAAGAGUCCUAGAUUGUUGUUCCAAUGUAAUCGUGGUGGCACGUACAGAAGUGAUGACUGGAUGGUAAGGGUGGUAUGUGGAACACAUAAUCAGGCCCCUGUAACAUAUAUGGAGGGACAAUCAUACCCUGGUCGGCUCUCUGAAUUCGAAAUCCAGUUGAUGGUACAUCUGUCUACGAAAAAUAUGAAGCCACGAGAUAUCUUGACAUCGUUGAAGAAGCAGAAUUCGGACAACGUAUCUACCAUUAAGACCGCAUAUAAUGCACAAUCGAAAUUUCAAACUGCAGAGAAAGCCGGAUCAUUAGAGCGAUUGCUUGGAUUCCCGCACAUGUUAUUGAUGGACGCAACAUAUAAAACAAAUGGAUACAUGAUGCCUCUCCUUGAGAUUGUUGGCUCAACAAUGGAUGGAUGCACUGGUUCACGGGUUGUUGUCACCGACAGAGAGUUGGCCUUGAUGAAUGCAUCUGCCCAGGAGAUGUUUGUAUCCGCAUGGAUCGAAAAAUAUCUGUAUUUCGGAAACCAAACAACUAAUAGAGUCGAGAGCCAGCAUGCCAAGUUGAAACGAUACUUGGAGUCAUCACAGUCAGAUUUGGUGAUAUCACUGUCAUUUAUUCACCAAGUCAUCCAAUCACAGGUCAUAGGUAUCAAAGCUAGUAUUGAGCAGAGCAAAACUAUCGUCCAACAUCGAUUCAAUAUACCGCACUUUCAGGAAUUAUGUGGUUUCGUUUCAAUCCACGCAUUGCAUCUGAUUUUGAAGGAAUUUGAGCGAUCUAAGUAUGUCAUAGAAGUUUCCUACAAAUGCGGAUGUCAACUUCGUACUAGCUAUGGACUGCCAUGUGGGCAUGAGCAAGCAAUAUAUUUGAACGAUGAUCAUCCCAUACCAAUUGAUUCCAUAGAUAAUUUUUCGAGGAAACUUGAUUUAUCACUGUGCGUGUCUCUUCAAGACGAUGACAUCGAUUGUGACGUCGAUCUGCAAAUGAACACUCGUGGACGCCCCUCCUCGAAGAAAAAAGUUGCAUCAAAUACUCGUGCGAAUCCGUCUGCAUUAGUGUUCAUUGAGUCUGAUUCCCCUCAUUCUCGGGAACCAAGUAGACACAGUUAUUCGUUUGGAGGCCCUGACUAG